GAGGUGCUGUGAAUUCUUCAAAUAAUCCUAAGAAGAAUAAAAAAAAAAUGGCGGCCCCAACUGAUGAUGUGGAGAUGGAGAAGAUAGCUGAAGAUGAGCUGGCUAAGCUACAGAGACAGUUCCGUGUAAUGGAGAUCGACCGUGCGACGGUGAUGAGCAGCGUGCAGCCGACCCUCAGGGUCCAGAGGAACAUCAUCAGAAGCCUCAACAAUGAGCUGGACAAAAUUAUGAUCGAACUCAAGUUAACAAAAAGCACGUCGAACGUUCUAGAAAACGCUAGAACUCGGGAGAAGCUGAUCUCCUUGCUGAAGGACCAUGAGAGAUGUUCAGCCGAGGUCAAGGAACACAGAGGCACUAUCACCGAACUGGAUUUCCUCUUGAAACAGGUGCAGAAGGAAAUCAAAGGGCUGAAGACCAGAGGAACGGGAUGUGAGAUGGAGUAUGCCAACACCCUGACAAGUCAGACGCUGCUGAGUCAGCUAGAGAACCGUCUUGACACAGCCAUGAAGAAGUUCAACACUGUCAAUAGCGAGAACUUCACCGUAAGAUUAGAGAUCGACAAAUUGCUCAGAGACCGUCAAUUCUUCAACAUGAUCUGGAAGAACCAGGUGAAGCGGCUGACGGACGGCAAGGCCCAAAUCCUGGACCUGGUGGAACAGGCAAUCACCACUUACGACCAACGAGAAGAAUGGUGUUCGAAGCUGGACGCCCUCAAAGAAAAAGCGGCUAUGGAUUAUAGGAAACAUUGUAUGGAAGUGCGCGAACUCCAACGCCAACUAGACCACAGUCUAAAGUUAGAAGAGUUCUUGAGGACAAAAGGAACAGUCAGAUUGACAGCAGCAGACGCUAAGGCAGAGGCGAAGAGGCUGGAGCAACAGGAGGCUGAAUUGAGAGCUUAUAAUAAUUACGUUAAUAUUUUAGAGGCUAUUAAGGAGUUUGCGGGUGAAGAUGACGUGGACAAGUUGAUCUUGGAGUUCAACCGUCGGGAGGAGGAGAACUAUGCGCUGUUCAAUUACAUCAACGAAGUGAACACGGAGCUGAAGAACCUCAACGACAAUGUGAAAGCGCUCAAAAUCAACAUUGAUGAGGAGCAUGCCAAGUACGAAGCCAAGCUUCUCCAGCAGCAGGACAGCAUAGAGUCCCUGAAGUCCACGCUAGAAGAGAAGAGGGAGGCCACGAGAAGACUGCGUUCUUCUUGCGAGAGGAGCGAAGAAGUAUUGUCUGCGCUACUGCACCACAUACAGGCUUUGGCACAGACAUCAGAAUGCAACUCCCUGCCGCUCCUCAAACUGCUCGGGAAAUACUUUGACGUGAACGUGACGAACGCUCGGCUGUACAUCAAGAGCCUGGAGAAGAAGAUAUCGGAGGUCGUCGACGUGAUCAGGGUUGAUGAGUACUUGCAGCGCUGCUCAGACAUCAAAGACCGCACGCCGCCUUCGUCGCGGCGCCGGCGCCAGCGCCCGGCCGCCUCGCCGCGCCCCCCGCCCCGCCGCGACCCGCAACCCGCACAAGGAUAGACCUUAUGAGUAUAGCCUAAA